UCCAUCGCCCGGCCAUGAUUGAUUACAGGUCCGUCUUACACCAAAACCGAGUACUCUGUUCACAGGGCAGAGUUUGGGAAGCUGGUCAAGAAGCCAUGAGAAAGCGAGCCAUGUAACAGACAUUCUAUCAGUUUGAACGGUAGAAGUAAGAAGGUGAAUCAGGUAAUAACAAACAUUCAGAAUAAGGAGAGAUCGAUUACUCUGUUCACAGGGCAAGGAAGAGCUUGGGAAAGAUUUUAAUGGUUAUAUCAGUUUCAACGGUGAGGUAAGAAGGAAACAAAGAGUAACAAGGCAGGGGACACAUAGGCUGCAAUACCUACAACAUGCUAGACUAUAUCAAGACGGAGAAUUUUUUUCUACACAUGCAACAAUGAUUAAAAGUUUGAAGCCUCAACGGCUUGUUAUCAGUAACUGUCGCCGCAAUGACCAGCCAGCUUUAUGGUCCAACUUCAAGACUGAACAAUCGAGCAAUGACUAUAUUAACUCCUUGUGCAAGCAAAACCUAUUCAGAGAAGCUCUCCAAGCUUUUGAUUUCCUUAGAAGUGAGACCCACUUCAGGGUAAACCUUAGCACUUAUGCCCGUUUGAUCUGUGCAUGUUCCUCUUUGAAAUGCCUACAGCAGGGUAGGAAGGUCCACGAUCAUCUUUUGAAAUCUAAUGUGCAACCAGACAUUAUUCUUCUGAACCAUAUUCUUAGUAUGUAUGGCAGAUGUGGAUCACUAAAAGAUGCUCGAAAGGUUUUUGACGGUAUGCCAGAGCGAAAUGAGGUUUCUUGGACUUCAAUGAUUGCUGGGUAUUCUCAAAAUUCUUGGGGGGAAGAUGCCAUAGAACUGUAUUUUAAGAUGCGGCAAUCAGGUCUUAUGCCUGAUCAGUUUACCUUUGGAAGUAUAUUAAAGGCAUGCUCUGGUUUAUCGGAUAUUAAGUUAGGGCGACAAUUGCAUAGCCAUGUCAUAAAGUCUGAAUUCGGUUCCCACCUUAUUGCCCAGAAUGCUCUUGUUGCAAUGUACACAAAGUUGGAUUAUAUUGAUGAUGCAUCUACCGUCUUUGAUCAUAUUGCAAUCAAGGAUUUAAUUUCAUGGAGUUCCAUGAUCACUGGGUUUGCUCAGCAUGCUUAUGAAUUAAAAGCUCUGCACCUUUUCAAGGAAAUGCUGUCUUUGGGUGUAUACCAUCCCAAUGAAUUUAUAUUUGGGAGUGUUUUCAGUGCAUGCAACGGUCUUUUAAAUUCUGAGUAUGGUAGACAGAUACAUGGGAUGAGUACAAAAUUUGGCCUAGGGAAAGAUGUUUUUGCUGGUUGUUCUCUUAGUAAUAUGUAUGCAAAAUGUGGAAGGAUAGAUUAUGCAAGAACUGCAUUCUAUCAGAUAGAAAGGCCUGACCUAGUUUCAUGGAAUGCAAUCAUUGAUGGAUUUGCUUACAUUGAAGAUGCCAAUGAAGCAAUGUCAUUCUUUUGUCAGAUGAGACAUUCAGGACUAGUCCCAGAUAAGACCACAGUUAUUUGUUUGCUUUGCUCUUGCAGAAACACUUCUGUUUUGUUUCAAGGCCAACAAGUUCAUUCGUACAUAAUGAAAAUGGGUUUCAACCUGGAUAUUUCUGUGUGUAACACCCUCCUUACCAUGUAUGCAAAAUGUUCAGAUCUUUCUUAUGCAUUCACCAUAUUUGAGGAGAUGCAAAGUGGUGUAGAUUUAGUAUCUUGGAAUGCAAUGCUUACAGCAUGUAUGCAGCACAACCAGGUAGAUGAUGUUUUCCAAUUAUUAAAACUGAUGCAUGAUUCUACAAACAGGCCUGACGAAGUCACUUUGACCAAUGUUUUGGGUGCCUGUGCAGGCUUAGCCUAUCUAGAAUUGGGGAAACAAAUUCAUGUAUAUGCUGUGAAAACUGGUUUAGUGUUUUAUGCUUCAUCCAUUAAUGGAUUGAUUGACAUGUAUGCAAAGUGUGGAGCACUUGGCAAUGCUCAAAGAUUGUUUAAUUCGAUGAGUAAUCCUGAUGUUGUCUCAUGGAGUAGUUUGAUUGUGGGGUAUGCUCAAUUUGGUUAUGGGGAGGAAGCUCUUAAUCUCUUUAGAAAUAUGAGAAGUCUAGGUGUUAAGCCAAACCAUGUCACUUUUGUUGGGGUCCUUUCUGCUUGUAGUCGUGUUGGAUUGGUAGAGGAAGGGUGCUAUUAUUACCACACCAUGGAAACUGAUCAUGGCAUCUUACCAACAAGGGAGCAUUGUUCGUGCAUGGUUGACUUGCUUGCCCGUUCUGGACACCUAAUAGAAGCAGAGGAAUUUAUCAAACAAAUGCCUUUUGAUCCUGAUAUUGUGGUAUGGAAGACUAUGCUUGCAGCAUGUAGGACCUAUGGGAAUGUGGAAAUUGGAAAUUGGGCUGCAGAGAAUAUCAUGAAAUUGGAUCCCUCAAACUCUGCAGCUCAUGUGUUACUAUGCAACAUUUAUGCUUCUGCAGGCAUGUGGGAUGAUGUUGCCAGAGUGAGGAAAUUGAUGAAAAGAAAUGGUGUAAGGAAGGUUCCAGGCCAGAGCUGGAUUGAGGUGAGAGAUGGAAUCCAUAUCUUUUUGGCAGAAGAUAGAUCACAUCCACACAUGAAUGAAAUAUAUACAGUCUUAAGUGACCUAUGGCUGCAAAUGGUGGAAGCUGGUUAUGUUCCUAAUCAAAGGUUUGUUUCAAGUGAAAUAUUACUGGAGUAGAGAUUGAAAUUACAUCAAGUUGUUCAUAAAUAUAUGAAGUGUUCCCAGUGUCUGCAAGGACUGGUGUUGAAAGAUUCCCAUGUUCUAUAAGGGAGUGAUAUUGUUGACGAGGUUAAAUAGCCCCACGACUGAUGUUACAUGAAUGAAAUAUAUAGUCUUAAGUGACCUAUGGCUGCAAAUGGUGGAAGCUGGCUAUGUUCCUAAUCAAAGGUAUCCCUUUAUCUUGUGUUUCCAUAGAUGCUCCACUAGUAUGCACGUUUACCUAUUCCUUCACACUACUUUAGAGGUCCCACACUUGAUGAAAUGGUCUCUGUAGGCACUCUCAGCAGGCUUGCUGAUAAGAGAGCAGAAGGAGUCAGCUAUGCCGGCGGGAAGGGAUUCACAUGAGGUCUGCUAGCAAUACCAAGAAACAGUUAACCUACUAUUCCUUCUCAGUUUUGAAACCUGGGUCUCCUCUUCCAAGGAGAGAGAUGUCAACAUGGCUGUUGAAGCACUGGAGCCAAAUUGUCAAUAGCAACAUAUAUAUCUCCUUUCUCU